UGGAGUUUCUCUUGUGGAAAAGAGUGAUUCAUUUGUACUUUCUCUUUACGAGUUAUCUUCAAAGAUUUGGUUAUUAAAGGAAUCUUUAGCUUCGACUCUGUUUAUGUUUUGUAUCAGAAACUUUUGAGCCUUCAUCAGAGAGGGAAAAUAUAAUUAAUAGAAGAUGUUGGAAGGGAAAGCGAAGGUGGAAGAGACAGAUAUGCCAGUGAAGAUGCAAAUGCAAGCGAUGGGCAUUGCUUCUCAAUCUCUCGAUCUUUUUGAUGUCUUUGACUGUCAAUCCAUCGCUGCUCACAUCAAGAAGGAGUUUGAUGAAAGGUUUAAGAAAAUUAUGGAAAUGGUGAAAGCGGUUGAGCAAGAUCAAGGAAGCUCGAGAUUGCUCGAGAACAAGAAGGAGAGGAACUUAUCAUUAAGGCACGUCAAGAGAUGGAACUCAGAUUCCGCCUUAAGAAUUAUAGAUCCAGACAUUGAUGAUGACAAUGUUUUCAAGAAAACCGUUGCCUCAAACGUCCGGCCAAUGUUACCACUUCGACCCCCUCUGCCUAAGGACGAGCCGCCUCAGCCACGUGAAGCAACUGAUGAAGACUUAGAGGAAGAGGCAGGAAAGGAGCAGAUGAAAGAAAGGUUUGCGAAAUUGCUUCUAGGAGAAGACAUGUCAGGAGGAGGCAAAGGUGUUUCGUCAGCGUUGGCAUUAUCAAACGCAGUCACAAAUCUUUCAGCUUCUGCGUUUGGAGAGCAACGGCGUUUAGAGCCAAUGUCUGAGGACAGAAAAAAACGGUGGAGAAGAGAAAUCGGAUGGCUUCUCUCCGUUACUGAUCAUAUAGUUGAAUUCUCUCCAACACAGCAAACAAACAAGAAUGGAUCUUCCAUGGAGGUAAUGACUACGAGACAGAGAACAGAUCUCGUCUCCAAUAUACCUGCUCUUAAGAAACUCGAUGCGAUGCUCAUCGAUUGUCUUGAUAAAUUCAAGGAUCAGGAUGAGUUCUGUUACGUCACAACCGAUUCUCCGGAAUCUUUAAACAGCAACACGACCAGAAAUGACGAUAAGUGGUGGCUUCCGACAGUGAAAGUUCCACCUAAAGGCUUAUCUGAAACGACGAAAAGAUUUCUACAGAGUCAGAAAGAGUGUGUGAGCCAAGUUCUGAAAGCCGCAAUGGCCAUAAACGCUGAAGUCUUGUCUCAGAUGGAGAUCCCUGAGAGCUACAUCGACUCACUUCCCAAGAAUGGGAGGGCUAGUCUUGGUGACACGAUCUACAGAAUGAUAACAUUAGACAUAUUUGAUGCAGAGCAAUUCCUUCUUGAAAUGGAUUUAUCAUCUGAGCACAAGGUUCUUGAUCUAAAGAAAAAAUUCGAAGCUUCGGUUGUGAUAUGGAAAAGAAAGAUAGUGCAGAAAGACAACAAGUCUUCGUCUCCAUUUAGUACGAAUCUGAGUAUGGAGAAGAGACAACUGCUAGAAGAAAGAGCAGCAACCAUCUUGCUUCUUCUCAAACAAGGAUUCCCAGGGAUCUCUCAGUCCACACUUGACAUCAGCAAGAUACAAUUCAACAAAGAUAUAGGGUUAGCUAUACUGGAGAGUUACUCGAGAGUUCUUGAGAGCUUGGCGCACACGGUAAUGUCGAGAAUAGAAGAUGUUCUUGAAGCUGAUCAGCUAACACAGGACCCUGAAACCGCGGUUUGUAAAAGAUAUAUAGUGAAGGAAGCAGAGAGUCCUAAGAAGGAAGAAGAACAAAACUUUUGUCUUUUAGAGGAGAGACCGAAAAAGGAGAAGGCUCCCAUUUCACUGUCAGAGGUAAUGCAAUGGAAUUUCGAAGAACCUGAACAACCGAAGAAAGAAAAGAACGAUGCACCAUUCAAAGAUUCAGGCAAGAAACUGUUGACCAGAGUGUCAAGCAUGAUCAUGGCUAACAACAAGAAGACUACUUCUUAUCUUGAAUCUCUUGGAACCACAAGGAGUCCAACCGCAGGGCGAUACUCUUAA